AAAUAGGUGACACUUAAAAGUUGCUUAUGCUUCUUAAACAAGCUUUUUCAAUCGCUAGGAUAAUCCCAAAGUAUAGCUAGCCUUAAUCAAUCAUCACCAUCACCACCAUCAUCAUCUUCUUAUACAUAUCCAAGCCUAGUAUUUAGCAUUCAUUGUGCAGAAAGAACAUGUACAAGCUCGUUGUUGUUUAAUCUUUUUUUCUUCGUGGAGUACAGAAAAAAUGAUCGAACCUGUUGCAACUAAAAUACUCAUAGGAAUCACAUUAGAUCAAGAACAGAGCAUGGAUCUUCUGUCUUCAGCAAUUUGUAAUUUGGCUCGUCCGAAUGACACUAUCGUGGCUUUGCAUGUCCUUGUGGCCAAGAGGAGGAAGAAACACAAAGACAUAAGUAAGAAAGAAGAGGGCAUAGAGAAAUCAGUCAACAGAUAUCAAAUGCGAAUUCGGAAAGCAAAAUCUUUUGUUAUAUCUGUCAUGGGAGAAUUCGCCAACAUAUGCCGUGCCAAACAAGUGAAGUUGGAGGCAAGAGUUGGGUUUAAUUCAAGUGUCGGGGAAGGACUUAUUGAAGAAGCAAAAACCAUAUCUCCUAAGUAUCUUCUCAUCGGAAGUAAAAGCAACCAAUUAAACCAGGUCCAUCAAGCAGAAAAGUACUGCCUUGAUCAUCAUCCAAAGUCGUGUACGUUAGUUUUGGUUCGAAAAUCUGAUGUCCCACAACAAGAUUUUCAAUCUGGCAUUGUCAAUGUAGAAGAUUUGUCAAGAAAGAAGAACGAGCAACGUUCACCUAGAAACGUGUUGGAUUUAUCUGAAGGAGACUAUCAUAGCACAGAAGAAGAUAGUUCUAGCUUUGAAGGAUCAAGCAUAACAGAAUCCCCACGACCUCAGUUGGCUACUGAGUUAAAAGGACAAUUUUCUUUUAGAAAACAUAUAUCUUCGUUAAAACGCAUUUCAUCUUUCUUACGCUACCCAUUUGAGACUGACGCUAGGAAACCCAACGCGAAGCUUCCAAUCAAAGAACAGCCCCCUCCUUUGUUGAAGUGCUUUAGUUAUGUAGAGCUUGCCAAUGCCACAAAUAACUUCCACCAAGAUAAUAUUGUGGGUAUAGGAGGAUACUCAGAGGUAUACAAAGGUGACUUACAAAAUGGACAAGUAAUCGCAGUGAAAAAGCUAGCUAAGGACAACAAAGAUCAAAAUAAGGAGAAAGAGUUCCUAAUGGAAUUGGGAAUUCUUGGACAUAUUCACCAUCCUAAUACUGCAAGCUUGGUCGGCUGUUGUGUAGAAAAUGGACUUUAUCUCGUCUUUAACUACUACCCUAAUGGAACUCUCUCCUCAGCAUUACAUGGAAAAACAAAAAAGCAUAUAAACUGGCCAGAAAGAUACAAGAUAGCUCUUGGAAUUGCUAGAGGUUUACAUUAUCUUCAUACAUGUUGCAAGCAUCGGAUAAUACACCGUGAUAUAAAAGCAUCAAACGUUCUUCUAGAUCUAGACUUUGAACCCCAGAUUUCAGACUUUGGUCUUGCGAAAUGGCUUCCAACCAAUUGGACACAACAUGCUGUAAUUCCUAUUGAAGGGACUUUCGGAUACUUAGCACCAGAGUACUUUAUGCAUGGGAUUGUUGAUGAGAAAACCGAUGUUUUUGCUUUUGGAGUUCUUCUUUUGGAGAUCAUAACGGGGCGUAUGCCUGUGAAUUCAGACAAACAAAACCUUGUAUUGUGGGCCAAACCACUUAUGGACUCUAGAGACAUCCAUGGACUAGUUGACCCUGAUCUAGAAGGUGCAUAUGAACUUGAUGAAGUGUACAGACUAGUACUUGCAUCUUCAUAUUGUGUACAACAAUCGUCUGAUGCGCGACCUUCCAUGACUGAGGUGUUAGAAGUUUUACAAUAUGGAGAUGACUCAAAUUUCACAAAGAGUUGGAGGAUACCAAAAUAUACACAAGAGGGGAAUGAAAUGGAUGAUUACUCCAUGAUUUUUGGCUACGAUGUUCCACAAGAUAUUAGUCUAGAUGAGAUGUAGAUGGAAAUAAUUAUCUUUUUAUAAGAGGUUGUAAUUUUUGUCUUAAUUAAGUAGCUCACAUGAAAAACUAGGUUAUAACCUUUCCAUAAUUAAAUUCUUUAUAUCUUCAUCUUUAUUUUGCAAUUCAUCACCAUUUGUAUUGCUUUUUGUAUGGAAAACGUAAUGUAUAUUUUCCUUCUUAUGAAU